AUGUCUCGUCCAGCUGACCUUCAAGCCGCCAUUGAUAAGUACUUUCAAUGGGAAAAGGUAGGCUUAAAAUGGUACUCUAGCUUUAUUUUUUGUUUUUAUGUUGUCUUAUUGUUAGUGCUCUUGAAAAACGUAUUUUACAAAAAAAAAUUUUGAAAAAUUAAAAAAUUUGAAUUUUUAGAACCCUAAGGCGUUGGAAGAAGCCAAAGCCUUCGUUGAAACCGAAUCCGAAGCCACUCUUCGCAAAUUUUUCUUCGGUGAUCCGUUAGCGUUUGGUACUGCUGGAGUACGAUGCCGAAUGGCUCCAGGUUUUAGUGCUUUGAACCAUGCUACAGUAAUCUUGCUGUCACAUGGACUAGCCAAGUAUAUUCUGCAAUAUGGAAAGAACAAGCCGGACUAUAAAAUUGUUAUCGGAUUUGAUGGCCGUUACCGUAGUGCUGAGUUUGCUAAAGAUGCGGCUAGUGUGUUUAUUAGAAAUGGCAUUAAGGUGUACUUGUUUAGUAAGGUAUGGUUGUUUUUGAAAUUUUUUUAUUACUCCUAACCUUAAUUUAUCUUACCCUACUUUACCUUAUUCUAUCCUACCUUUACCUUGCCUUUUCAGGUAGUACCCACCCCAACCGUCUCCUUCGCCGCCCCCUUCUUGAACUGUGAUGCCGGCCUGAUGAUAACAGCCUCUCACAACCCCAAGCCAGACAACGGCUACAAAGCCUACUGGUCCAAUGGUGCACAAAUCGUCGCACCACGCGACGUUGACAUCUGUAAAUUGGCAUUCGAUGGUAACGCCCCGAACCCCGACUAUUUCGACUGGUCGGUUGUGGAUCAAGCCGAGAAUGCUGAUUAUGUCCUAGAAGAAUAUGUCAAAUCAGAGGCCAAGUUGGCCAAGUUCAAGGAACAAAAUGGAGAUUCGAAACUGAAGUUUACCUACUCAGCUUUUCAUGGGGUCGGCUACGAAGCGUCGAUGAAAAUGUUCAAGGCUUUUGGCUUUAAUGAGGAUGUGAUCUUCAGUGUUAAGGUAGGACAAUGACUUCAAAAUGGCAAGAACUUUGUUUACAAAACAAAAAAUGGCAAAAACUUUCUUUAGAAAACGAAAAAUGGAAGUAACUUUCUUUAAAAAUGUUUCUUCGGCCAAAAAACUGAUUGCACUUUGCAAAAAUUUAUAAAACUUGCACUGUGCAAACUUAUUUUUUUCAAAACGCAAUAAAUUUCUUUACAAAAGUAGAAUUAAAAUGAUUUUUAAUUAAAAUACAACAAAUGGCAAGAACUUUCUUUACAAUUCCAAAAACCGCAAGAAUUUUCUUUACAAAACUCAUUAUUUACAUUUUUGUUAAAUAAAAUGCACGGUGCGAAGUUUUCUAAAAUUUGCACAGUGCAAAAGCGGUUUUUUAAAAUUUUUCGUUUUCCAGGAACAACAAGACCCAGACCCAACGUUCCGCACCGUUCCCAACCCCAACCCCGAAGAAGGUCUGAGAGUUUUGAAGCUGUGCACGGAAGAGGCGGAUAGGAAUGGCAGUCAAGUGGUACUGGUCAAUGACCCAGAUGCUGAUCGGAUCCAAGUCGCUGAGAAACAGGCUGAGUAAGGACGGUUUUUUAAAAAUAUUUUUAAAAAACAUUUUUUUCUGGAAAAAAAAUUUUGCACGGUGCGAGUUUUAUAAGUCUUUGCACCGUGCAGAACUUAUUUUUUAAACAUACGAAAAAGUCUUAUUGUAAACAAAGUUUUUGCAAUUUUUUGAUUUUUAAAGAAAUUUCUUGCCAUGUGUUGUAUUGUAACCAAAAUUCAUGUUAUUAUUGUUUCUGUAAAGAAAGUGAUUACAUUUUAAAGAAUUAAGAGUGCACGGUGCAGAUUUCAUAAAUUUUUGCACGGUGCAGUCAAUUUUUUGGUUGAAAAACAAUUUCUAAUGAAAUUUCUUGCUGUUUUUUGUUUUGUAAAGAAAGUUCUUGUCAUUUUCUUUAAUUUCCCUUAUUUCAGUGGCAAAUGGCGAGCCUUCACUGGCAAUGAAAUGGGUGUCAUCCUGACCGACUGGACCUGGCAUCAUUGGAAAAUGGCAAACAAGACAGCGACGGCCGAAGAGCGAGCUAAUAUCUAUAUUCUGAACAGUGCCGUCUCCUCUCAAAUCGCUCGAACCAUGGCCAAAAUGGAGGGAUUCAAGCAGGACGUGGCCUUGACUGGCUUCAAAUGGAUUGGCAAUUUGGCUGACAAGUACAGGAAAGAAGGUAGGGAUGGGAUUUGUUUAAAAAAUAUUUUUAGGUAAUAAAAAAUUUUAAUUGUUUUUGUAGGGAAUUAUAUGGUAUUUUUGAAAUUGCGCGGUGCAAGUUUUUUAUGUUUUUUUGAGCGGUGCAGUCAGUUUUAAUCAAUACGUUAAAAAGGUAUUUGUAAAGAAAGUUUUCGCCAUUUUUUUAUUUGUAAAGAAAGUUUUUGCCAUUUUAUGUAUUGUAAAGAAAGUUGUUGCCGUUUUUUGUUUUUUAAAGAAAGUUACGUAUUUUUGAAAACAUGAAACUGCACGGUGCGAAGUGUUGUAUGAUUUUUGCACUGUGCAGACAAUUUUUUGGACAAAAAGGCAUUUUAAAAAAAGUUCUUGCUAUUUUUUGUUUUUUAAAAAAAGUUUUUGCUUUUUUUUGAUUUGUAAAGGAAGUUCUUGACAUUUCAAAAAAAUAUUUUUUAAUUUUUUAAAUUUUCAGGAAAGAACGUGAUUCUGGGCUGGGAAGAGUCGAUCGGCUACAUGCCAGGCAUCACUUUGGACAAGGAUGGUGUAUCAGUUGCGGCGAUUUUCGCCGAAAUUGCCAAUCACUUUUGGUCGAGGCUGGAGCGGCGCUUAAGCGACCAUUUAUACGAACUAUACAAACGAUACGGGUAUCAUUUAACGAGGAAUUCGUACUGGAUUGUACCUGACAAGUCGGUGACAACGAAGAUUUUCGAAACGACCAGCUUCAACCCACCAAAGACAAUUAAUGGCACCAAAGUGGUGGAUGUCAGGGACUUGACUGUUUUUAACACAACUAAGGGAGCUGUAAGUUAAAAAAUUUUUUUUGAAAAGGUGGUGCUUAGGUUGAGGUUAUGUGUGAUAUUCUAGGCUAGUUUUUCUAUUUAUGGCCAAAAGGCGGCCGCAUUGGGGCUCAAGUUAGGUACCACCACGAAAACAUUAUUUUUUGACUUUUUGGGUUUUUUGGAAAAAUAUUGCCUUUUCGAAUUCCAAGCUUAAAAAUAAGUGAAAUAACAAUAAAUAUCUAUUUUGUAUCCCUAUAUCCACGUUAAUAUACCUAUAUGAAUAUACCUAACCUUCAGUCCCUCCCCCCAUCCGCCAGCUCCCCAAUGAUCACCUACACUUUGGAGACCGGCUCCAUUAUCACGUUGAGAGCCUCAGGCACAGAGCCAAAAGUCAAAUAUUACAUUGAAUUGAUCACCGAACCAGGAAUCGACCGGUCGGGAGAAGACCAGGUUUUGGCUAGACUAGAUGAACUGGAAAAGGCUGUCGUAGCCGAGAUUCUACGCCCUGAGGAGUUCAAAUUGAUUCCAAGAGAGAAAUAA